GAGUAUAUUUCAGCCGCGAGGGUGACUGGAAGAGCCCAAAUCGAACUAUAGUUCAGCUGAAGAAAACUGUUCAAAGAAACGAAGAAAUGUCUCGUUCAGACGCACAGAAGUUGAGUGCGGAGUUUAUGACCGAAGCUGAAAAAGAAACAGAGACAGAUAGACUUGUGAGAAAAAGCAAACAGCAACCUUUCAUUCCAAUCGGAAUUGCUGGAACAGUGGCUGCAUGUGUAUGGGGUGCAAUCGCUUACAAGAAUAGAGGACCUGCCAUGACCACUAGCAGAUAUCUCAUGAGAUUACGAGUUAUUGCACAGAGUUGCGUAGUGGGUUCAAUUAUUGCUGGUAUUGGUGUAACAGCAUUACAAGAAAAACUUGAAGCAAAGGCUGCAGAAAAGAAGGAGUGAUAGCAGUGCCACUUUGUAUUAGAUGGACUUAAGAGGGACAAUUGUUAUUGGGUUAAGGGUUAAGAAACAGAAGUUCUGUUACUUUGUGUAUAUAAUGCCUCAAAGUCAUGGAGUCAAGUUAUGGAAGAAAUGGAGGAACAGGUGAAUAAGUAGCAUUCAAUGCACAGAAUCAAUGGAAAAGUUACAAAUGUUUGGUACAUUUAGAAGAAAACUGACAAGAUUUUUUGUUCUAGCCUUCAAGAGUAUAACAAUGUACAAUACUUUGUAUAUAAAAUGUUUAUCAUUGUGAAUAUUUAAUUCUUAAUUGGCUUUAAUGCCAAUUCCGCAGCGCCUGAUGGCUACAACCAGUUCACUAAGUGAUAACUUAACUUUCUAGCUUUUUCAUUAUGCAAUUGAAGAUUUAAAUGAUUUUUUGUUUGUGUGUAGCUGGCCUAAUGAUCUAAAAAUGUUAUUUCUAUUACAGUGACUAUCUUGAAUCAGCAAAUUGUUGAGAAAAAAAUUUUUGAUUAAGAUAAUAAAAUUUAUAUUUUAGCCUUUAAAA